AUGAUACGACAUUUACAACAACAACAACAACAACAUCCAUCACCUACUCAACAGCAGAGCGUGACGGCGAGAAAGGUUCAAUCACGUCGUUGCUCAUCAUCAACACGCCAAAAGCAAUACCAUCAUCAACAACAGCAACAACAACGUAUUCUUCACUAUGGUGUAAAUAAUAAUACACCAAUGCACCAUCAUCCACAACGAUCAUUGUAUGGUGCCAAACGCAUGUCACUUGGAAGUUUACGUGGAUCCAAGAGUACAACAACAGCCGAUCACAAUCAACAACAACGACGAGUACCCAUCAGCCUUAAACGUCGAUCAACAGGAUGCUUACGAAGACCAUCAGUGUUAUCCAACCAUUCAACCGCCACAUCAGCCCAGUCACGUGCAAAGGAGAAGUGGCGUGCACCUGGGCGUUAUGAAAUUCCCAACAUUUUCGGGCACGACUGUUUCCUAAAAUACGAAGCGUUACCAAACAAUACGCACCAGCUGUUCUUCUUUAGGCCGUAUGAUCCACAAAAAAAUGUUUCAAAGAAGCCUUGGAUUCCUGUGGGUCGCACACCAGAGAUUCCACAACCACCACCCAUCAUUCGACCCGUUGCAUCUUCAGCGAGUAGUGAUUUUGAACGCAAGUUACGCAAGGCUCUUGCUAACAAAGUAGCCGUGUCAUCGCUUGACCCCAACAACAAAUAUGAUGGCUUUAAGGAAAUCGGAACAGGUGUCAAUGGUGCCGUUGUUGCAGCUGUACACAAGUACAAAAAGAACGUCGUUGUUGCUAUCAAACGAUGCCGAUUACAUCCUGAUCAUGAAUAUCGUGCAGCUAUCAUUCGAGAGCUCCGGAUUAUGAGCAUGGGCCAUCCAAACUUGAUUCGUUUACGUGAUGCAACUUUGUGGCGUGACGAUGUAUGGAUUUCUAUGGACCUUAUGCGUUGCUCCGUUUUUGCCGUUCUUUGUAAACGAGGGCUCCCAGAAGAAUGUGCCGUCUACAUUGCACUCGAAGUACUAAAAGCGCUUGAUCACCUUCACACCAAAGGGUACAUUCAUCGAGACAUCAAGUGUGAGAACCUAUUGCUGGGUUGGAAUGGUCAAGUCAAGCUUGCUGAUUUUGGUCUUGCCACACGUACCAAUCGCAACAACUUUGAACGUCUUGGUACAAGCAAGUGGAUGGCACCUGAAGUGAUCCGAGAACAGCCUUACAAUGAAAAGAUUGACAUGUGGUCGCUUGGCAUCACCUUGAUUGAAAUGAUGGAUCGUGUACCUCCACACUAUGCACAUCGUGAUGAUAUUUCACUAUUUACUGCCAUCCUUACCGAGCCCAGCCCUACUUUUGUUUAUAGCUAUCCAAGUAUGUAUAUGCGCGGCCUAGUCGCGUGGUUACUCGACCUUCAUCCCGCUACUCGACCUCCUGCACGAGACGUUGUCAGAGAAAUUGAUUUGCAUAUUCAAAGCAAUUUGCUUCGAGCAUGCUCACCCAAUGAUUUGGCUCGUUUCGUCCAUUUUGUAUUAUCCACCGUCAAAUGA